AUGGAAAAAAGUGUGGAAGACGUGAAUGUCCAAGAUCUGAAUAACAAUGUUGCAGUUCCCAUUGAAAACAAAGCAGAACAACAGAAGAAGAGGGAAGCCAGUGUGAAGAAGAGAGACGAGAACCUCAGAAAAAAUGCAGAGUUUCUACAAUCUUUGAAUGUUUUCAAAGAGCAGAGUCUUGGAGCUUGUAUGUCAUCAUCUACUCAGGAAGGUCAGUAUCAUCCACCAUCCACCCAGGCAUCCACAUUUUACCCCCACAUCAAUCAUGGAACUACAUUCCAUCCCUCAACAAACCAGGGAACCUAUCCCCAAGCCGACCAGGGAGGUCCAUCAUAUACCCAAGUCACCCAACAAGGCAUGUUUCAUCCCCAAGUCACAUAUGGAGCAAUUUAUCCCUCUUCAUCCCAGGUUGCUCCAUACCACCACCCAGCUUCCCAGGGGGCUCCAUGCCAUCCCCCAUCUUCCCAGGAGGCUCCAUGCCACCUACCAGCUUCCCAGGGGGCUCCAUACCACCAACCAACUAGCCAGGUGUCCCAGUCCUAUCCCCAUUCUACCGAGGGACCAAUGGUUCAUCCCCAAGUCACCAUGGGAUCAUCAUCCUAUUCCUUUCCCAUCCAGGGAGCAUCAACCCAGCCUACAGACCCUCAGCUUGUUCCAUUCCACCCCAGUGUCACCCAUGGAGAAAAACACCAUCACCCAGACACACAAGGAUCAACAUUUCAUCCCCAGGCAGCUCAGACAUUCACUUCCCAACCCCUCCCUCCUAGCCAAGGAGCCGCAUUUCAACAUGCAUCCACUUAUGGGUCCACACCAAAUCCUCCAGCCACCAAAGGCAACAGCUCCAAUCCCAAGACUGCACCCACAAAUACCCCAGCUACCCAGAAAGCCAAAUCCCACUCCAGUAAAACCCAGGGUGACCCAUCACAUACCCCCACCCAGCAGGGAUCAACUCCCAAUACCUCAACUAGUCUUCUCAAUGCCACCUUUUGCAUUAAAGAGAUCCCUGGAAUGACAGAUGACAUUGAAGAAGGAGAGAGAAUUUUGAAUGAUUUUCUUGGGAAGACAACAUAUACAACAACUAAUGAUGAGCCAGAUACACCUUGUAAAGAAAGUGAUGAGCUUCAGAAAUGCAUGGCUGCACUGAAGAAGAAAGAUGAAGAAGUAAAGGAACUCAGGAAUCUUUUGAAAGCUACCCAGGAGGAAUUAGAAAUGCUUAAAUCUGAAAGUCUUAAUGGAAAUGGUAACUGGAAAACUCAGUCUGAUGGUAGACCACGAGCAGGACUUGUUCCUAAAGAAAUUGCAAGCAUUCACGGUAUGAUGGAGCUGAUGCCUCACACUGGAGUGUUCGUCUACCCUCGAGAUAUCAGAUCAACCAGCAAAAAGCCAAGUGGGACAGCAAUGGCACGGCAUCUGAUGUCAGUAUUUUAUACCAAUAAGGAAUUGAUUGACCGGGGAAAUGUCAUGGGUGUGAAUGGAAAAGAAGGACUCAACAAGGAGAUUGUGAAGGCCAUGAUAGACUAUGUGGUGAUAAAAGGAAAAGACAGCGAGUCGUGUGUGAAGCUAGCCAUGAGGUCAAAGAUUACUGGACUGGUAGCCUUUGAAAAGAAGAAACUGAACCAAAGCCUGCGGACUGACAUUGAGGACUGAGGGAGUGUCACAGUGUGAUGUUAAGAAAAACUGUUAUUUAAUUGACAAUUAUUUUGUGUAUCUGUGAUAAUACCUAAAGUGAAACAAAAGCCCCAUAAUUUAUGUAUGAGGCAUGAGGCCACUCAACAUUGUAUUAUGAAUUACAUAUUCAGAAUAGUAGCUUAUUUCAUCUAUUAAAAGUAUAGAUAAAUUAAUAACUUAUUUAUGCAUACCAGUAUAUAACAUAAUAGUAGCUACUAUCACCACUGUACAUAGGUAACAUAUAUGUGUAAUAGUAGCUAGUAUCACCUGUGUUAAUCUUUUGUGUACAUUAUUUACUGUUCUUAGUACGAAAGAAAUAUACAUGUACUAGUAUACUAAAUAGUAGCUUCUCUUUUUAUGUGUUAGAGAGAUUAUUUAUAAUUGAUUUAAUAUAUAUAUAUAUAUGUUGUUGUAAACAUGUUUAUGUCAGUAAAUUUAUCAGAAAGGUUCCUUUUUCAAUGCCUUGGUGUACCUAUUUUGUGCUUUUUCUGCAUGUAAACUAAGUCUAUAUGUGUACCUAAAAUGUACCUAAUAUGUAUCUAAAGUAUACCUACUUUUUAUAAAAAUGUGCCUAACAUGUACUUUAAGUAUACCUAAAUUGUGCUGUCAUCUUUAAGUAAAGAUAUGCCUUAAGCAUGCUUUUGACUGUGCCUGAAAUGAACCUAUUUGGUGCCAAAUGUAUGCCUAUAAUUAAAUUGUACAGAUGUGCCUAAAGUAUGCCUAUAAUAGUACCUCAAGUAUGCCUAUGAUAAGAUUGUCUUGUGUACAGACGUGCCUAAAGUAUGCCUAUAAUAGUACCUCAAGUAUGCCUAUGAUAAGAUUGUCUUGUGUACAGACGUGCCUAAAGUAUGCCUAUAAUAGUACAUCAAGUAUGCCUAUGAUAAGAUUGUCUUGUGUACAGACGUGCCUAAAGUAUGCCUAUAAUAGUACAUCAAUAUGUGUGUAAUUGCUAGGCACAUAUUAGUCAUGCUUACUUGUUAGACAUACCUUCAUCAUGCUUUUUAUGUACUUUUUAUAUGCCUUUAUUUUUUUCUAAAAGAAAUAAAUUUUUAAAAAGCAUGCCUAUGUUGUACUUAUUUUAGGAAUAAGUACAAAAUUGGCAUGCCUAGAAUGUGCAAAUUUGGAACCAUGCCUAAUAAAUGGUUCCAAACUUGCAUACUUUAGUUAUGC